UUUUUUCGGCCAAUUAUUAUUAUUAGUAUGGAAACAACAAAUUAUAAGUCGUGACAAAUUAUGAGUAAAUAGAUUAUUGUUGUUUUUGUAGACGUUCAAUUGUAUUUUAUUAUCGUUAGUACACAGUUUACACUUAUCUAUUUAGGAGGUACCUUCUAAGAAGUGUACCGAUGGCUCCGACAAUACAAAAUAAUGCAACGCCGGAAAAAAGGCCUCAGCGGCCAGCUGAAAGGAGAUCUGAUUUGGUGUGUCGCGUCAAGUAUUGCAAUACGUUACCGGACAUUCCGUUUGAUUUGAAGUUUCUUUCGUAUCCGUUUCAACCGACCAGAUUCAUACAGUACAAUCCGACGUCCCUCGAACGGUCGUACAAGUUUGAAAUUCUCGCCGAUCAUGAUUUGGGUCUCAACAUCGAUCUGGUCAAUAAAGAUAAAUACACCGUUGACAAUUCGGCUCAAAUGGAUCCUGCCGACGAGAAACUGUUGGAAGAAGACAUGUUGGCGCCCACAAAUUCCAAAAGGUCGAGACAUCAUGCUAGAAGUGUAUCGUGGUUGCGACGCACAGAAUACAUUUCAACUGAACAAACUCGGUUCCAGCCACAAACCAUUGAAAAAGUCGAAGCCAAAGUUGGAUUCAGUAUUAAAAAGAACUUUAAGGAAGAGACACUGUAUAUGGAUCGAGACAGUCAAAUGAAAGCCAUUGAAAAGACUUUCGAGGAUAACAAAAAACCCGUCGAGAAACAUUAUAGUAAGCCUAAUGUUCACGCCGUCGAGACCUUAAGCUUUUUCCCAGAUUUCAAGAAUUGGAAAUAUCCUUGUGCUCAAGUCAUUUUCGAUUCUGAUCCCGCGCCCAUGGGUCGACCUGUACCAGCACAAAUAGAAGAGAUGUCUCAAGCUAUGAUUAGAGGUGUAAUGGAUGAAAGCGGCGAACAGUUUGUUGCUUACUUUUUACCAUCCGAAGAAACAAUAUUUAAACGGCGUGAAGAUGCUGUUGAAAACGUUCCUUACGACGAUGAUUACGAGUAUGAAUACAAAAUGGCUAGAGAAUACAAUUGGAACGUUAAGAGCAAGAGUAGUAAAGGUUACGAAGAAAACUAUUUCUUAAUAGUACGAGACGACGGCGUAUUCUAUAAUGAACUAGAAACCAGAGUGCGGUUGAGUAAAAGAAGACAAAAGGUCGGAACACAAAGCAGCAGUACUAAUACCAGACUAAUCGUAAGACACGUUCCUAUUAAUGAACAGGAAUUCAGUGUUCACCAAUUCAGAGAAAAGCAGUUACAACCGUACGACGAGGAAGAAGAAGAAAAAGCCGAAGAAGCGGCCAAAAAAGCUAUGCUUGCCGCGAAAGAAAGUGCUAAGGCUUUAUCUAGUAAAAACAAAAACGACAGCGAUGACGACGAUGACGACGAAUCGAAAAGAGACACGACGAAAAGAGAUUCUGCGACUUCCGGCAGCGAUGCGAGUGACAACGAUGAUCGAAAUUCGACCAACAAGUCGAAACGUACGAUCAGCGAAAAUAUGGACAGCGAUAGCGAUUCGAAAAACCGGAAUGCAACGCGCGCCGGUGGUUCCGACAGCAACGACAGCGAUAAAGAAACGAGAAAAAGCGCUGCACUGUCGAACAGCGACGCGAAUUCAGACAGCGACACUAGUGUUGUUAAGAAAACGAAAAACCGCAAGGUGAGCCGACGCACUCCUAGAAAAGACAGUUUGGGAACCGACGAAAGCGGCAAGUCGGAAGACGAUACGCCGGUCAAGGCCGCCAAAGACACGUCUCAGAGUGGCGACAGCGAGGAUGAACGCCAAAGGAAACGGAUCUCCAGCGAAGCCAAAUCGGAUAGCGAUAACAGUGAUGUCGAAGUCGAAAGUAAAAAGAGCUCGGAGCGUGCCGCCAGCGAUGCUGGCGUAAACACGGACUCUUCUAUAACCGACAACAGCGAUGAAGAGAGCGUUAGAGCUUCUGAUAGCGAUUAAUAACAUAUCGAGCAAAUAUGUAAUAAAAGAGAAAACUUUGUAUGUACAUAUAUAUGAAAAAAAAGCGGCUUAUCGUGUUUGAACUGUUUAUUUUUAACAAAGGUUUGCUUAAUAUUUUACUUGAUUAAAUUUAUAAAUUUAUACAA